AUGGAGGAUCUCCUACUGCAGAUCAUCAGGGAGGUUCAAAAUGCAAAAUUACAAAAUUUACGCAAGGCGGCGCAGGAAGCCUCCGAAUUUAUGGACAAGCAGCAAGGACUGCUACGAGAUCCCCCGCAUGAGUUGCGGGCAAAAUGUUUGCGUGCUAUUCAACUCGCGCUUGAAACAAAAAGGAGCAAAUUGGUUGCUUUUGGCCUUUCUGGUCUACAUAAAAUGUUGAGGGAUGACAGGUUCCAGUCACCAUACGAACCGGAAGAUGAUUCUUUAUGGUUGCCAGCACAAAUGUUGCAUGCUAUGGGUUCGAUUCUAUCACAAUCGGAUGACACUCAAACUGACAUGCUUAAAGUGUUACUUCAAGUCGCGUGUUCCCAAUACUGGACGAUGAACGGGCGCUUGAUCAUCGCGAUCUUGACGACGUGUUGUGAAGCCUUCGAAAAUGGAAAUCAAGCCGUGAGAACUGCAGCACAGGCAGCUACCAGCCAGACGUUGCGAUCUUUUUGCCUCUUUUUAGACGAGGAGUGCCAAGAAAUGGACGAGAACGCCAAGCGGAACAAAAACGUUCGUGAGAGAGGAGUGUCUUGCUUCAAUGAGGCGUUACCGAUUCUUCAAUACAUCUGUUGUAAGCUCGACGAGGCCCAGAAGAAAUGUUGUUACAGCAGCACUCGAAACGGAAGCACUGUGGUAUUUUUGUUGGAGUGCCUCCACACAUUGAUAUCUUCACUCCCCCAGAAAAUUCAUACCAACUCCCACUUCACUACCUUUCUCUGGCAAAAAUUCUGUCCUGCUCUGAUAGCUUUUCUGGGAACUCCAAGAGUGGAUAAAUCCUUUACAUCACGUGAAGGAAAAGAAACGGAAGUGGGAAGAGGUUCUGGAUAUUUAACAACAUCCCUCAGCUUCGAUAGUCAUCAAGCCAAAACGGUUUAUAGCAUUGGGACAGAAUUGGUACGUCUAGUUGGAUGUGCGGGUCCGCUUAGACCUGUUCUGGAAUCAGUCUUUCACAGGAUGCUGCUCUAUCCUCCUCCUCAACAACGAUUGGAACCUUUGAAAGCACUUAGGGAACUCCUAAGAAGUCCUAGUAGAAUUGUUGACUUUGCUGGACCUCUGCUUGUAGAUGAAGAUAAAUCUUGUCAACUGCAGAGCGACAUGGCUUUGAUGAGACUAGCAAUGGAUUCGAUUGAAGAAUCAAUCUCAUCUGGCGUAAAUGUCCUCCAUGCGAGUGUCUCCUGUAUAGUUGCAAUGUUAUCAGCUCUUCAAGAACUCUGCGAAGGAAAGGCGAUCAGUCAUAAGUACACUUGCACAAUUAACAUACUCUAUGAUGAUCUUGAAUCCUGUGACUAUAGAGGUCCGCUCACUUACCAAAGUAUGGCUCGUCUUCCUAAGACUUAUAGAGAACAGCUAGAGCUUAUGAAAAAGGGAAACUAUUCUGAUUCCGAAUCAUCUGGGCAUGGACCUUCCGAAGAUGGAGAUUCAACAGACACAGAAGGUCCUCACGAAUCUGAUGAAAUGAAUGAAGAUAAUAGUAUAGAUGAUACUGACUAUGCUCUCGCGAAUGAAAGAGAGAGAUUGAGGCUCGAAAGGCUUCCAAAAUGCCUGCAUGUAGGUCGACAAGUUGCAGAGGAAUGUAAUGUGGAUGUUGAACGUCACAAUGCUAAAAGAUUUGUUAAGACUUUGAGGAGUGAUCUGAUACCGAUGGUUCUUAGUCUGAGAAGUAAUAUUGAGGUUGACGAAGCUCUGCAGAACUUCGCUUCUGUGUACUGCCACAGUGUGUUCGCUGCACAACAGAAGUUUCAAGGUCAGGUAGAUCCUAAUAAAGAUCCUUGUACACUAGUUACAAUUAUGAAUGCUGAUGGGAUCUAUUUAGCAACAUAUGCGGCUUUGCUUCUUAAUCUGAAGUUAAUCAAAAUGAAUUAUUAUGAAGAGGAGGGGCGACAAGUGCCAAUUAAUGAGGAACAAUUCGUAGAGGAGGUACAUGGUUCAGGGGUGCUGGUCUAUUUGUCGGCAACUUGGCUGUCUGAACUCUACCAACAAAUUCUUGCUAGUAAUCUUCUCGAAAAAUGUGGUUACAACCCGAAUUCGACUGAAAAUAGUGCUCUUGUGAAUGUUCUAAUAGAUGUUGAUGGGAUAAGUGGAAGUCACAGAGGUGGACAGUUUCUGUCUGAUUAUCGAAGAUUGGAACGUGCUCAACUCUCACGAAGUGAACCUACUCCAGAAGCUGAAGCAGGUGCCAAACUAUCAAGGCGAGUACUGACUUGUUGCUGGGAUAGCAUGGUUGCUGUUCUCGCUACAGGUUUGAAUCCUUGUAAAGAAGAAAGUGGAAAAGGUAUUUUGAGCAAGGAUGGAGGCAGUCGAAGUGUUAAGGAUACGAUUAUUCUGGCGUUGGAAGGACUUCACAAAGCUGCUACGCUGAGCAAUGUUUUAGGACUACAAAAUCGUUGUGGGGCGAUCUUUGCACUGUUAGCUAAAGCAGCUUGUUCAGAGCAGUCAAUUUCAAAACUUAGAAGGACCAAAGAUGUUCUUAGGCUUAAACUACAAAAAAAAGCUACUUAUCUUCACACAUCACAUGCUUUGAGUAUGGAGGUGCUUCUGGGCAGAGGAUUGGAACUGAGCAGUCAUGGAAGUGAUUGUUGGCCACAUGUUUUUACAUGUUGUCUCUAUGUGAGUAAACUUGAACACGAUUUCUUCGGAAGGAACCAAAAUCCGUCCAUGCCUAAAGUUCACCAUAAAAAGGAAAAACGAGAAUCUAAGAAGGAUUCGAAAUCAAAUACGAUGAAUUUCAACAUUGAUGAUGAGGAGACUUGUGUGGAUGUCUACAGCUUUCUAUCAAGUCCCUAUACACAAAACAUUGGAAUAGACACAAUCCCAGAAAUCAUUCAAGAAUCAAACGCUGAUAGCCAGUUCAAUGGUAUUCUUCCAGCAGACUACGCAGCUAAAAUAAUUUGUGUCUUGUCUCAACAAGUAGACAGACUUUUCGAAGAUGCAGCCCUCAAAUUGAAUCUUAGAGCUCUUUGUUCCUUCUUAGCUGCACUGUGCAAAGCAAGCAAAGACCAACUAUUUAAAAACAUUGAUGGAAUUAAAGAGAAUAGAAAAGUCUGGUGGAGGAAAAAUAAACCUAGAGAAGAUGAACUAAACGUUUUGCUUUUAACCAGGUUGGGAGAAGUGAUGCUCAAGUGCGUCAAAAGUGGAAGACCUUUGAUUCAUGUCAUGAGGGUUUGGAGCAUUCUAGGUCCACAUUUUAUGGAGGCAGCUUGUCAUAAGGACCGCAGCAUCUCAAAAAAAUCUGUUCAAUGCAUUCAUGAUUCGAUGACAGCUUUGUUGAAUGAACAAGUCGAGUUGGCCCAUUUCCACUUUAAUGAAGCACUUUUCAAACCUUUCGAAAAUCUUCUUUGUUUGGAAUUAUGUGAUAGUGAUGUUCAAGAUCAGAUUGUAAGCUGUAUCUGUGAGUUUGUCGAAACCAACCGAACAGAAAUUCGCUCAGGAUGGCGUCCACUUUUUGGUGCUUUGAGGAUAGCAUCAGUGGGAAAUUCGGACAGUGUUGAAUCAGCACCCUUAUUGGAAGUUUUCAGAGUCUUCCUUUCAACAGAUAAUACCCUAGUAUUCGCAAAUGCAGCUUUAGAUUGUAUUUUAUGCCUUCUUCGUCAUGUCAAAGGUUCAUCAGACAGUGAUAAUCUAGACGAUGAUCAGGAUAUAGACAUAUUAGAAGCUAGAAAAAUGCGCUUAUGUGUCGAGAGUUUGAAAUACCUUCUGAGCUGCAGUGACAUUUUAGCUUCUAUGUAUCGAAUGCCAGCCUGUCCAAUCUUCCAUUCUGCUCAGAGGAUAUCAAUGUCAACUAUACCUCAAUAUGUAGAUCCACAUAUACCUAACCAUGAGGUGACUAAGUUUGACAGAAAAACUGAUUCAAUACACGAGAUUAUUCCAGAAAUGUCCUAUGAAGUUUUAACGAAAGUAGAUCCUAGUCAGACUAUGACUUUGCAAAGUAUGGAUAGACCUAGUGGAAUCUUAAGGGUUUGGUACAUACUUAUUGAAGGCCUAGCUAGUGCUACUAUGAUAUGUCCUAGAAGAUAUCAACCACAUGUAUUGGAGACAUUCUUCCAUCUUCUAAGAGACACAUUAAAUGUUCCUGGACCAGCUUUUGGAUUGUAUUGUGUAAAUCAUCUUCUUCUCCCGAUGGUACAAAAUUGGCUGAGAAAGACUUCAAAGAUUUUUAGGGGUUGGGAUAAUUUCGCCCCGAACUUCAAGCAGUGCUGCGGUCUCACGACUGAUUUAGUUGUCGAUUUCAUUGUUCACUUACAGGGACCUGAUGAUGUAAGAAAUGAUGAAUUUCUUCCGGCGACGACACUGAUGUUGAAGCAACUAUUAUUAGUGAUGGCAGAGUGUGUUGUUCAACCGAAAGAAAGCAUAGCUCGACUAGGUUGUGCCUGCAUCAGACACGUUCUGGUGAGCAGUGGUCCAAAUUUGACAUCGAAACAGUGGGAGGUUUGUGGCGUCGCAUGUUAUAGAGCUUGCUCAAACUCUCUCCAGGAGUUACAUCAGCUGACGCUGGCUUUCUCACCACGUUCAGAAUCCUUCUACGGCGAUGUUGCUCAAGUGAAGGUAGCAGCGCGUCGAGACGCCUCGGCCGAGGACUCAGAGCGUUUGCGACAACUGGCUUCCCAGGUAUUCCUCCUAGAGGAGCAACGAGCCGACGACACUUCGAGGUUUUCAGAUGGCCGAUCUUAUGUCUUCCUAUUAUACCCACCAUCAAUUGAAACUACUCUUAACCCGGAUUUUUAUACAGUAAGAGUGCACUUAAGAGCCCUGGUUGUUGGACUUGUGGUGCACCAGAUGCUUCUUCACUGCAUUGCAAGCGUCCUUCUUCAAGGAUCUGGUCCUCUGGUACCAAGUAUUUCUCACGUGAUCCUGAGUCCGACGACCUCAUCAUCAAAGCUACCAGCAUCAGGAAACCUAUCACAACUGAAGCCCCAUCACAUAGACACUUUCCUUGCUGCCUUAGACCUUUCCUACUCAGCAGCCUUAAAGUUCGAUGCACGACCAAGUCUCAAGUUUCUAGUCCAAAAGGUUGCAAAACUUGAGAAGCCUGCUAACCUCUAUCGCCAAGCCGGAGCCUCAUGGAUGAUCAAGAUUAUGACGCUCUUCGAAUUAUCUCUUCAAGAAGUUGAACGAACUGGAGUUGAUCUUGAAAAAGUUAAAAGCCUAAUGGGAAAAGAUUCCAAGGACCAAGACAAGAAGUAUUUGGAUCUAGUAAAAUAUCUACGACAUUUACGAGCUGCAUUUGAUGAACUCUGUGAAACCUAUUCUGAUAUUGUAAUGGAUAAAGAUGGCAGGUACACAAUGAUUGAUGGAUUUUCUGAAAGGAAGGUUUUCCUGUUGGUCGCUCAACCUGAUGAAUAUGCAGAAAUUCCAGGUGAGAAUCUUAGGGAAGAAAGAACACCUGGAAAUUCUGGAUUUGUGAUUGAAGAUGAUGAUGAACAGGAUGAUGAGGCUUAUAAUCCAAAUAUUGAUGAAGAAAGUGGAUUGGAAGAAUUGGGUCUUGAGAUUGAUAAAGAAAUUGAUGAAAGACCGUUUAGAUUGUCAGAUCUCGCUGCUGAGUAUUCUACCGAUUCUGGACCUGAAUCUGAACCUGAAACUGAUGAUUCGAGACCUGCUUCGAGAUUAGGUUCAAAUAAUGAUAUAAUUGUUUACCCUGAUCGAUCAGCAUUUACUUCCAGUGACGUUUGCAUUGAUUCAAAAUAUCCUUUCACACCCGAACCUCUUAAUAUUUCUUGUAGUGAGAAUCAACUUUUGGGUGCAAAUCAACAUUCUAGUAAAUUCGUAUUGAGACCUAAAAGUACAAUAGAAAAGAGAAAGUGUAAUAAUCAAGGGAGAGAAGAAUUAGAAGAGAUCGAGGAAUUGGAAAAUUCUGUUAAACAUCAUCUAGAAAGGAGAAAAAGUGAUCUUUGUCUCCUUUCUCGAAGAAGUAAUUUGAAGUAUGUUUCUACUGAUCCUAGUGAAAAAGCCUGUGGAUCUCCUUUCAGAAUGUCUAAACGAGCCAGAUCAGCCAUGGAGCUGAGGUCUUUGGAAAUGAGAGGGGCUUCUUUGAAUAAUAUUUGUAUAAAGAAGGAACAAAUUGUUGAGAAAUCAGAGACGAGAGCUCCUGAUAAUGUGGAAGCUCUUUUGGAGGAUUAUAAGAGGAGUAAGAGAGGAUUUAGGACUAAUCCUUUCCUGGAAGAUGAUGAAGAGAAAAUGCUUUCAGCGAAUCAGUAUAUUUUUAGUGAGAUGUUUGAAUUCGAAUUUCAAAAGAGGAGUGUCAUCAAUAAAGAUAGUGAAGCUCAUCGAAAGGCUUGGGCGGAGACGUUGAAUGCCACGUUUGAUUGGAUUUUGGCUUUAUCAGAUGAGCGACUGGCGCCGUUACUUCCUGUCCUGGUAGGCGGUGUCAGGAUCUUGACGAGACAUGCAACUGAUCCGUCUCUGAAACAGAGAUUAUCGGCUGUCUUUCAUCGUAUUGCUGUUCUCUAUGGCUUGACAACAAACUAAAAAAAACUGUAGAAUAUUCUUGACAAAACAGGUCUAACAAAAGAAAAAUAAGGAUCAAUUAAUUCUAAGAUUUGACUUAAUUUUUCCUAAUUGGGCGGUUUGGUGCAAUGACGGUGUUUUUGAAUUUUUAGAAGUCACUUAUUUUUUAUUUGUUUUGUACAUAACUUCAUGAUUAACAAAUGGAGAACGUUUGGCGAAAAGUUUGUCUCAACUCUCCCUCAGGUAUCUCUAACUGCACCCCAUCAUUCAAUUUUAAUUUAGAAUAAGAAAAAAAA